CAAACGGCCGGGCGCCGCCGCUGCGACAAGGAACAUUACGUGCUGUGCGCUCGGUUUUUAUUGUCGCUGUUCUGGAUCCCAUGCUCAAGGCCAUGGGGUACGGAUGGGUCUUUACAAUCUUUGGGGUCUUGGGUGCCAUGACGUGCACAGCGGCGUUGGUCCUGCUGAGAUGGGGUUCGAAAUGGAGGAAAAUGCGGCCGUCCAGGGCUGGCUGAGCAUUGGAAGCAACCAACAAGGCGGCGAUUGUGGCUCACGGCGUAAGGCAUUUAUCCGUUUCUUUUUUGUACAGAUGCCAUUAUAUUAA